CAUGAAACUGUUAAAAAACGACUACCAGUCUACUAAUAGUAAUACGCAUUUCACUCCUCUAUACUAUAUAUCAUCUCCCCUCUCUGUUUCUCUCCUUUCCUUUCACUCUCUUCUUAUUUUGUCUGACCAAAUUUCAAACUAGAUGAAGAUCCAGUGCGACGUUUGUAGUAAAGACGAGGCAUCCGUCUACUGCACCGCCGACGAGGCAGCUCUGUGCGACACCUGCGACCACCGCGUCCAUCACGCUAAUAAGCUCGCCUCUAAACACCACCGUUUCUCUCUUAUUCAUCCUUCCGCUAAAUCCUUCCCUCUUUGCGAUAUAUGCCAGGAGAAGCGGGCUUUCUUGUUUUGUCAACAAGAUAGAGCGAUUCUUUGCAGAGACUGUGAUGCUCCCAUUCAUAAAGCAAACGAGCAUACCCAAAAACAUAACAGGUUUCUUCUUACCGGAGCUAAACUCUCCGCCACCGCCGCCGCCUAUAUGCCGAUAACUUCCUCCAGCAGUAAUCAUGUUCUUGAUUCCAAGUCUCAGCAGCCACCUUCAACUGCUAAAACCCCAUCUUCAAACUCGGCAGUUAUCAAGAACUUACCGCCGAUCAAUACAGCGGCGAACAAGGGGCAGGAUAAUCUGGUCAUAAGCGAAGGAUUUGGUAAUUCAUCAGUUAGCAGUAUAUCAGAAUACUUGAUGGAGACACUUCCUGGAUGGCACGUUGAGGAUUUUCUUGAUUUCCCUUCUACUCCUUGCGCUUUCAAUAAGUUUGAUAAUAAUGAGAUAUUACAAUUUGGUGGAGACGAUAGUGGAGCUAGCAUGAGCCCAUUCGGCUCGGAAAAUAUGGGAAUUUGGGUUCCUCGAGGGCAUCCAAUUCAAGAAAUGGGUGGUCAGAUUGGUAUGAAAGCAACAAAAGAAACUGCAAGUGAUAAAGCUAACAACAGAUCAAGAUGGAGUGAUGAUGCAUUUACUGUUCCUCAGAUAAGUCCUCAGUGCAAGAGAUCUAGGUCAUUCUGGUAGUACCAAUACAUGUUCUAUGAGUUUAAUUAAUUGUUAGUUACCAAGAACAAAGCCUUAUGCUUUGUAAUUUUGAUGUGGUCCUAAAUCUUUUAGUAUCUGUUUUUCUUCUUUUAAUAUGAUUUCAGUGUUUUGUUUCUUGUUUUAUUUGCUUGUGCCUCGUAAGCACUGACAUGUUUUUGUAAAUAUGAAUAAACUGAUUUGAGUUUA